UUUUACGGCAUAUACUAUCCGUUCAACAAUGGUUUCAGUGUAUGCGUGCGACGGACCACAAUAUUUUUCAUAUGGUUUAUCAGCUUUAUAGUAGCCCUACCCUGGAUUGUAUAUUUCGAUUUGGUGCCCAUUUGGGAGGACGUGGAUGACAUCAAAGUUUGUGUGGAGGUGUGGCCCAACGAGAAGGCCUCCCAGACCUACUUCCUAGCCGUGAAUCUGGGCCUCCAAUACCUGUUACCGCUGUCUAUAAUCGUCUUCUUCUACAUACUUCUGUUCAUUAAGAUCUGGAGGAGAAAAAUGCCUAAAAUCGUCAGACAAUCCAGUGAUGACACACUCAACGACUGGAACACUAGGAUUGUCGAGAAAUCCAAGAUCAAGGUCCUCAAGAUGUUGAUCGCCAUUGUCUCGCUGUUUGCACUCUCGUGGCUACCCCUGUACGCCAUAUUUGCCCGGGUCAAGUUUGGGCCACCGUUUGAUGAAAGUAGUUUUGAGGGUGAGUUUCUGAUCAAGAUCACACCACUGGCCCAAUGGUUGGGUGCGUCCAACUCGUGCGUGAAUCCGAUUCUGUACUUCUUUUUUAACGCCAAAUUCAGGGCUUACUUCAAGAAAGCCAUCCGAAAGAAUAUAUUCUGUUUCAACGAUUCCGUGAAGUCUAAGAAAGUCAAGUGUAGUAACGAAACGCAGGUCUAAUAAGUUUGAUAUACGCACAGAAUAUUCUUGCCAUAUAUUCUGUGCCCC